UAUUUUUUACUUAAAUAAUUUUUACCCUAAAAGUCAAAUUACAUUAUUCACAAAGUAUAUAUUGAAAGUAAAAAAAUCAUAAAGAUGGACAUAGUGCCUUGCAUUUCUUCCUCAACCGCCUACAUGUCUUUUUAUUUUCUUUCUUCCUCUCUCUUUCUGUCACUUAAUCACUAAAAUGACUCAAAUUACAGAAUAACUAAAAGCAUCAUCUUCUUCCUAAGACUAUUUCAAUGGUGAUAUAAUAACAUCUGUAUUAAUACAACACAAAUGAAAACUAUUUUUCCUUCAAAAAACAAAAAAUAAAAACAAAAAAAACCGAACAAUGAGAUUAUGUUGUCGUGUAAUCCUGGUUGUCCCCUAGCCGUUGUGAAGAGUCUUCUCACUCUAUAACUCCCUCCAAAUUCUCUCUCCUCCCUUCAUUUUUUUUUUUUGCUCUCUAAACUAUUUUUGUUUUACAGAGUUUUUCGCGCUAUGACUAGUGUACAAGCCAUGGCCAUGACUGAUCCCAUGUCCGGACCUCUUUCAGAUUAUGAGAAACCUGACAUUGAUUACUAUGAAGAUGAGAAGAAAACAAAGCUUGGUUCCUUCAAGAAGGCGGCUUUUAAUGUUUCGAGUAGGUUCAGGAAUUCGCUGACAAAGAAAGGAAGAAGAAACAGCAGAGUUAUGUCUGUUUCUUUUGAAGAUGAGCAUGAUGCAGAGGAAAUGCUGGCAGUAGAUGCAUUUCGUCAAGCACUUAUUUUGGAAGAAUUACUGCCUUCAAAGCAUGAUGAUUAUCAUAUGCUGCUUAGAUUCUUGAAGGCUAGGAAGUUUGAUAUUGAAAAAUCAAAGCAAAUGUGGACUGACAUGCUCCAAUGGAGGAAGGAUUUUGGUGCUGACUCAAUCAUGGAGGAUUUUGAGUUCAAGGAAGUUGAAGAAGUUAAGCAAUACUAUCCACAAGGACACCAUGGAGUUGACAAGGAAGGCAGGCCAGUUUACAUUGAAAAGUUGGGUCAAGUUGAUCCAAACAAGCUGAUGCAAGUCACCUCCAUGGACAGAUAUCUUAAAUAUCACGUUCAGGAGUUCGAGAGAACCUUCAUCGAUAAGUUCCCAGCUUGUUCAAUCGCUGCUAAGAGACACAUUGAUCAAAGCACCACCAUCUUGGAUGUUCAAGGAGUGGGGCUUAAAAACUUCAACAAAGCAGCAAGAGAACUCAUCCAGCGCCUUCAGAAGAUAGAUGGUGACAAUUAUCCUGAGACAUUAUGUAGGAUGUACAUCAUCAAUGCAGGAUCUGGUUUUAGGCUGUUGUGGAGCACUGUUAAGUCGUUCCUUGAUCCCAAGACUACUCAAAAAAUUCAUGUAUUGGGAAACAAGUACCAAAGCAAGCUGCUGGAGGUCAUUGAUGCCAGUGAAUUGCCAGAAUUUUUGGGUGGUACCUGCAACUCAUGUGCAGAUAAAGGUGGCUGCCUGAAUUCCGACAAAGGUCCAUGGAACGAUCCCGAUAUAAUGAAGAUGGUUCGUAACGGCGAGGCCAAAUGUGCAUCAAGGGGUCCUUUUCCAGUAAUAGAUGAGAAAACCAUAGCUGAAGAUGAGAUGGCCAAACCCAAGGGGUGCGAGUGGGAUGAUUUUCAGUCUUGUGGACUCAAAGAAAAUUACUGCAAAGAUGCACCAAGUUCCUUCCAAUAUGAAAGUUUCAAAAUAGUAGACAAGGACAUGGAAAAAAUCUGGAUGAAAGCUGUGGCAAAUAAUAACAUGGUCAUGUCCAAAGGUUGUUUCCAAUCAAAGAACAGUUCUAAGUGUUCUAAUCAGAAAAGCAGUAACCAUCUUAUGACCGGUAUCAUGGCCGUUGUCAUGGGAUUUGUAACGAUGAUCAGGCUGAGUCGAAACAUGCCCAAAAAGUUCAAUGAUGCAACACUAUAUUCUACCCUGACUUAUGGUGAUGACAAGGUGAACUCCCACAAAUUGCCAGAGAAUGAAAUUUCUGAGGAAGAGUAUUUUGCUAUGAUGAAGCGUGUAGGGGUAUUGGAAGGGAAGGUGAUUUCGCUUAUUGCCAAACCAACAACGAUGCCACCCGAGAAGGAGGAAAUGCUCAACAAUGCAUUGAGCCGUGUAGAAGUCCUUGAGCAGGAACUUGCCUCAACCAAAAAGCUUCUUGAGGAAUCUCUACAAAGACAGGAGGAGAUUAUGGCAUUCAUUGAAAAGAAGAAGAAAAAGAAGAAGAUGUUCCUUUUUUGAGUGCAUUUCAGUUUCACUGAUCAGAGAUAGUAGACGUGAGCUAUCUGUAUACUGUGUGCGGUACUUCUAAGAAUCGGAAGAGUCUCUAACCUGGUGGCGAUUGUGAGUUUUAGCCCCGCCACCCCCCCUUCCUCCUUCCCCCCUCGACGUUUGCUUGUUGCUUUGUAUAUUACAACUAUCAUCACUACUAUCACAGUUUGUCUUUUCAUUUCCUGUGUUGUUUCUUCUGAAAACUUUGUACAUCGUAAGAAUGACUUGGAGGGACAUUUGCUGUCAAUGACACUAUCCCUUGUGUUUUGUGA